AUGUCUAGCCUUCCAAGAGAGCUCUAUUAUGACAUCUUUUUAAGGUUACCAAUGAAAUCAUUACUUGCAUGUAAGUAUGUUUGCGAGACUUGGUUUGAACUGAUUUCUGAUCCUAGUUUUAUCGAAUCGCAUCUUAAUCUUGCUGCCCAAGCAAAUAACCCUCGUCUCAUAUUUACUUCGUAUCAUAUGAAGAGAGGUCACGUAAUCUGCUCCAUAAGUGAUCAGUUAUCAUUAUCAGCAACUCGUACAGAACAUCUGCAUGAUAAUUCUGUUGAAUUGGAUUACCAAUUCAAUUCUUUACAAUAUUUUCCGUUGUUGGGUUCUUGCAAUGGUUUGGUUUGCUUGUUGUUAGAUAGCGCUACUAGUUAUGAAUCCGUUUGUAUUUGGAACCCAGCUACUACAGAAUACAAAAUCAUACCUGAUCCACCAGGUAAGCAUAUUGCUCAACCAAUCACUCACUGGGCGUUUGGUUAUGAUUACAAGGCUGACGAUUACAUGUUGCUAUGCUGUAGUUCGUUAUCCAUGGCUGUCUAUACAUUAAAGUCAAAUUCAUGGAACACCAUCCGAACCCCCUAUGAGCUUAUGUAUGGGUUAUUUGUCAAUGGAAUUCCACAUUGGUUAGUUGAAACUCAAGGCCGACACUUCUGCAAAGCUAUAAUCUCUUUAGAUAUCAGCUACCAGAAAUUCGUAGAAUUGCAAUUACCGAAUGAACCUUUAGAGCAUAAUCAUUUGUUUGUGAACUUGGGAGUGUUGGAAGGGUGUCUUGGUGUACUUGUGAAUGUAAUUGGGGUUUGUUGGGAAGUAUGGGUGAUGCAGAGUUAUGGAGUUCGUAAAUCAUGGACUAAACGCUGUCUCAUUGCCCAAAACCGAAUUUUCUGUGACUCUUCCUUGUCUCUGGUGUGGUCUCUCAAGAACGGCGACAUUCUAUUGAGGGCAAGGAGCUACAAAACUUUUUUCUUAUAUGACACGGUGCAUGGAAUUGCUAGAGAACUUAAACAUAUGAGGCAAGUGUAUGAUAUUGAGAACUAUAUCGAAAGCCUAGUUUCACUCAACUCUGGUACUUAUGCCAAGGAAAGAGCAAAUAUAAUAGGAAAAGAAACACGAAAAAGAAGCAGAAGCAGAUGA